GCUGGCGAGCCGCGGCGCCCGGCCCCGGCGGCGGCGGAGACGUGGGCGCGGCGGCCCGGGAGGCCGGCGGUGCCCACCAGGCGCUGCGCCCCGGGGCCGCCAGCAUGAGCAAGCCGGCCGGAUCAACAAGCCGCAUUUUAGACAUCCCGUGCAAAGUAUGUGGGGACCGCAGCUCCGGGAAGCACUACGGGGUCUACGCUUGCGACGGCUGCUCCGGGUUCUUCAAGAGGAGCAUCCGGAGGAACCGAACCUACGUCUGCAAGUCUGGAAACCAGGGAGGAUGCCCCGUCGACAAGACCCACAGAAACCAGUGCAGGGCGUGCCGGCUGAAGAAGUGUUUGGAAGUCAACAUGAACAAAGAUGCCGUGCAGCACGAGCGGGGGCCUCGGACGUCCACCAUCCGCAAACAGGUGGCCCUCUACUUCCGCGGCCACAAGGAAGACAACGGGGCGGCCGCGCACUUCCCCUCGGCGGCGCUCCCGGCUCCCGCCUUCUUCACGGCGGUCACGCAGCUGGAGCCGCACAGCCUGGAGUUGGCCGCCGUGUCCGCCACACCAGAGCGCCAGACCCUCGUGAGCCUUGCUCAGCCCACGCCCAAGUAUCCCCAUGAAGUGAAUGGGACCCCAAUGUAUCUCUAUGAAGUGGCCACUGAGUCAGUGUGUGAAUCAGCUGCCAGGCUUCUCUUUAUGAGCAUCAAGUGGGCAAAGAGUGUGCCAGCCUUUUCCACAUUGUCUUUGCAAGAUCAGCUGACGCUUUUGGAAGACGCUUGGAGAGAACUGUUUGUUCUAGGAAUAGCACAAUGGGCCAUUCCGGUUGACGCUAACACUCUACUGGCUGUAUCUGGCAUGAAUAGUGACAACACAGACUCCCAGAAGCUGAACAAGAUCAUAUCUGAAAUACAGGCUUUGCAGGAGGUGGUGGCUCGGUUCAGACAGCUCCGAUUAGAUGCCACUGAAUUCGCCUGUCUGAAAUGCAUUGUCACUUUCAAAGCUGUUCCCACACACAGUGGUUCCGAGCUGAGAAGUUUCCGGAAUGCUGCCGCCAUUGCAGCGCUUCAGGAUGAAGCUCAGCUGACGCUCAACAGCUACAUUCAUACCAGAUACCCCACGCAGCCCUGCCGCUUCGGGAAGCUGCUGUUGCUUUUGCCAGCUUUACGUUCAAUUAGCCCCUCCACCAUAGAAGAAGUGUUUUUCAAAAAAACCAUCGGCAACGUGCCAAUUACAAGACUGCUUUCAGACAUGUACAAAUCCAGCGACAUCUAAGCUCCCCAGCUCCCACUUUCCAAGAUGGGGCAAUGUCAGAUGGACUUCUACCACGUGGGACAAAGCCUCGACUAACAAACCUUUCUGGAAGGAGAAACCUGGGAAUGAGUUGCCUUCAGGAAAAAAAAAAUAAAUGCCAGUGGACACAGAACAACAACUAUGACCUUCUGCUCCCUUGAAGUGGGGCAGCUGGAAAGGCCAAGUGGAACCACAGCGGCUGUUGCCAUGCCCUGGGAUGGGGUGAGCUGGGGUCACCACCACAGGCUGAGACAGCCAUUCUGCCUCUGACCUGGAAGAGCCAGCCGAACUGUUCAAAGCUGAAAGACAAGUCAUGCGUUCUUUUCCUUUGUAGCACAUAAAGUCAGUUGAUCAACAACAUCAUCGUAUACCACAGCCUUCGGGUUGGGUUGGAGCAUUUACAUAAAAAAUAAUGCUUAGGUUUUAAAUCAAAAGUAUUAUCAAAAGUUUUUCUUCUAUCAUAAAUCUACAUUAAGUGGCCUUCAGAACCAAGUGAGUAAGUGAAAAUGUAGCUGUGUAAUUUCCUAUUCCUCCCCCACCCCAGCCCCUUUUCUGUUCUGUUGUUUUGUUUUGUUUUGUUUUUCCUUAAUACCACAGGCCAGGCAACCCCUGUCAAAGGAACUGACGACAAAAAGGAACUUCUCACCAAGAUUUCAGGUUGGAUAGCAUCUCAAACCAGAAGCGCUCUGCUGAAAGAACCUUGGUCCAGGGAGGGUGAGUCCAAAACAGCAAAACCAAAUACAGUGGAGCCAGGUGACUGGGUGAGGCUGCUCGCUGUCCGGCCAUCACAGUGCUAAAGCCAAAGGCAACAGGGUCAGCGAGUCACGCCCAAUGGUACGAAGGCAAGGAUGCAAGCCAGAA